UAGAGUUUAUUGUCAAUGUGAAUAUCAAUAGUCACUUUUUUUUUUUUACAAAGCUUGUGGCAAGGCUUUGCUUUAUUUUUCUCACCCGUAUUCCGAGAUAUCCCGCCCCGUGUGUUAGGAUUGGUCAGUCGCUGAUGUAGUUCCGCGCUGUGGUUGGCUCGUAGUUUAUUUCAAAACAACUUUAACCAAUCAGAGACGUGCGACUGUAGGAGGUGGGAUUUGCCUAAAAGAGGGUAGGAGAAACGAACUCGGGAGUGGUGUAGUGGAGGUUUGGGUUUGACUCAAUGAUCUGUUAGAAACAGAAGACAGACUUCAUCCUACACCUUAUGGAAUUGCACCCAGGGGAGGUAUUUUGGGGGUAAAUAACACCGUGCUGUGUUUGUAUAGCUGAUAAAAUGUUCGUGCGUGGUACUGAAUGGGGUUGUUUUCACGUCGUUUGUACUUGAAGGCCACAAUCAUGGCGAUGAGAUCCUGGACAUGAAGAAGUUUCCGGUAUCUCAGUUGCGUCUUUGUGCCGUUUCGCGACCCCUGAUCACGCGUGCAGUAAUGAGAGCUUUGGAGAGCAUGUCUGCUUGGAUCGGAAGCGUGUGAAGAUCGCGUUGCUGUGCGGGGAAGAAUCCGGUUCUGGAGCCGCAUCAUGGCGGUGUACACAGAGUUCCUGCCUCCUCCUGAGUGUCCGGUGUUUGAGCCGAGCUGGGAGGACUUCUCCGAUCCACUCGGCUUCAUCAGCAAGAUCAGACCUAUCGCGGAGAAAUGCGGCAUCUGCAAGAUCAGACCACCUCAGGACUGGCAGCCCCCGUUUGCAUGUGAUGUGCGCAACUUCCGCUUUACACCGCGAGUCCAGCGGCUCAAUGAGCUCGAGGCGAUCACCAGAGUUAAACUUAACUUCUUGGAUCAAAUCGCAAAGUUUUGGGAACUCCAGGGCUCUAAACUACGUUUUCCGCAUGUGGAGAGAAAAAUCCUGGACUUGUACCUUCUCAGUAAGACCGUGUCUUCCGAGGGAGGGUUUGAGACUGUCUGUAGGGAAAAGCGCUGGUCCAAGAUAGCCACUCGUAUGGGUUUCCCAGCCGGAAAAAACAUUGGGUCCCUGCUGCGCUCUCAUUAUGAGAGGAUCCUCUACCCAUACGAGCUCUUCCAGUCUGGAGCGUCACUCUCUGGCAUCCACCGGCUGUGUCAGGAAGGAGACGAAACUGAAGAGGCGGAUGAAGGAAUAGAGCGGGGCUGUGAGGAGGAUGAGGAUGAAGAAGAAGAGAAACAUAAAGAGAAGGAAAGCAAGGAGAGAGAGGGUCUGUGUGACAAGUCACAGAAGAGGGAGCACAAUCUCCCUGAGAGACGUUCACGACGCCUGAAGUCUGAGAGAGAAAACAAAGAGCCCAAAGGUUUGCAGGUCUUCAGUACCAGUCCUAAAGUGGUGGAUUUUGAGAUCAUUCCAGCAGAUGACUCUUUCAUAAAGAAGCAGAAGCACCUGAAGGCUCAAGCGUUUGCUAUUAAGAUGCGUCCACGCAAAGAGACUCUGGAGGUCAAUUUUAUUGACCUGUACAUGUGUAUGGCGUGUGGGCGGGGUGACGAGGAGGACCGCCUCCUGUUGUGUGAUGGCUGUGAUGAUAGCUACCACACCUUUUGCCUGAUCCCACCGCUUCAGGAUGUACCCAAAGGUGACUGGUGUUGCCCCAAAUGUGUGGCAGAGGAAUGCAACAAGCCCCGGGAGGCAUUUGGGUUUGAGCAGGCCGUACGUGAAUACACACUCCAGAGCUUCGGCGAAAUGGCAGACCAUUUUAAAUCGGACUACUUCAGCAUGCCCGUUCAUAUGGUACCUACAGAACUGGUGGAGAAAGAGUUCUGGAGGCUAGUAAGCAGCAUAGAAGAGGACGUGAUAGUCGAGUAUGGAGCAGAUAUCAGCUCCAAAGAUGUCGGGAGCGGAUUUCCUAUCCGAGAUGGAAAAAGAAGACUGAUGGGCGAUGAGGAGGACUACACCAACUCAGGCUGGAACCUGAACAACAUGCCAGUUCUGGAGCAGUCUGUGCUCAGCCAUAUUAAUGCAGACAUCUCAGGGAUGAAGGUACCAUGGCUUUACGUAGGCAUGUGCUUCUCUUCUUUCUGCUGGCACAUCGAGGACCACUGGAGCUACUCCAUUAACUAUCUGCACUGGGGAGAGCCCAAGACCUGGUACGGAGUCCCAGCUCAUGCUGCAGAGCAACUAGAGGCGGUGAUGAAGAAACUGGCACCAGAGCUUUUUGACUCUCAGCCUGAUCUCCUGCACCAGCUGGUCACCAUCAUGAACCCCAAUGUUCUGAUGGAGCACGGUGUUCCAGUCUAUCGGACCAAUCAAUGCGCUGGGGAAUUUGUGGUGACUUUCCCGAGAGCCUAUCACAGCGGCUUCAACCAGGGCUACAACUUUGCCGAAGCUGUCAACUUCUGCACUGCAGACUGGCUACCCAUGGGCCGCCAGUGCGUGGCACACUACCGGCGGCUGCAGCGUUACUGUGUGUUCUCCCACGAGGAGCUUCUGUGUAAGAUGGCGGCGGACCCUGAGAGCCUGGAUGUGGAGCUGGCAGCAGUCGUGUGCCGAGAGCUGGAAGAGGUGAUUGAGGAGGAAAGCAAACUCCGUCAGACUGUGCUGGACAUGGGGCUCCAGUCUUUGGAACAGGAAGCGUUUGAGUUGGUUCCAGAUGAUGAGCGGCAGUGUUACAAAUGUAAAACCACAUGCUUCUUAUCUGCUCUGACGUGCUUGUGCAGUCCAGACCGCCUAGUCUGUCUGCACCAUGCUAUUGAGCUCUGCAACUGUCCUCUUACAAACAAGUGCCUCAGGUAUCGGUAUGAUGUAGAGGAAUUCCCUGCCAUGCUGUAUGGGGUAAAGUCUCGUGCCCAGUCAUACGACACCUGGGCAAAAAGAGUCAGUGAGGCACUGUCAGCUGACCAGAAGAGCAAGAAAGAUCUGAUUGAGCUGAAGGUGUUGCUGGAGGACGCAGAGGACAGGAAGUACCCAGAGAACAAUCUGUACCGUAAGAUGAGAGAGAUGGUGAAGGAGGCAGAGACUUGCUCUUCUGUAGCGCAGCUUCUGCUCAAUCACAAACAGAGGCACAAGAGGGAGCGCCCGGAGAUCAGUCGUAUACGCACCAAGCUGACUGUGGAGGAGCUGAAGGCGUUUGUGGAGCAAUUGUACCGUCUGCCAUGUAUCAUCAGCCAGGCACGGCAGGUGAAAGAGCUGCUGGAGAAUGUGGAGGAUUUCCAUGAGCGCUCUCAACUGGCCCUGGCAGACGAGACCCCGGACUCAGCUAAGCUGCAGGUUCUGGUGGAGCUUGGAUCGGGGCUUGAUGUGGAGCUGCCGGAGUUGGCUCGUUUGAAGCAGGAGUUGCAGCAGGCUCGCUGGCUAGACGAGGUCCGUAUCACCCUGCAUGAGCCACAACGCGUCACGCUCGAGCUCAUGAAACGCCUCAUCGACUCAGGUGUGGGUUUGGCGCCGCACCACGCUGUGGAGAAAGCCAUGGCUGAGCUGCAAGAAAUCCUCACAGUGUCUGAGCGCUGGGAGGACAAGGCGCGUGCAUGCCUACAUGCCAGACCUCGACAUAGUAUGGCCACCCUGGAAAGCAUUGUCGUAGAGGCAAAGAACAUCCCUGCUUAUCUGCCGAAUGUUCUGGCUCUUCGGGAAGCUCUUCACAAAGCAAAAGAGUGGACAGCAAGAGUAGAAGCCAUCCAGAACGGCACCAAUUACGCGUACUUGGACCAGCUGGAGUCUCUUUUUGCAAGGGGACGAUCCAUUCCUGUGCGUCUGGAUGCCCUGCCACAAGUCGAGUCCCAGGUGGCAUCAGCACGAGCGUGGAGAGAGAGGACAGCGCGCACCUUCCUUAAGAAAAACUCCACAUACACGCUGCUACAGGUUCUGAGUCCGCGGGCUGACAUUGGUGUGUACGGCAGCAGCAGAAGUAAACGCAGGCGAGCGAAAGAGCUGCUGGAAAAAGAGCGAGGUGCAGAGGUGGAAAGCCUGAGUGACCUGGAUGAGACUGUGGACGAGGAACGUACGCCCUCUGCUGUGGUGGCAUCCUUUAAGGCUCAGGAGCAGCAGGAGGCAGAAGCCAUGCACUCGCUGCGAGCCGCCAACCUGGCCAAGAUGAGCAUGGCCGAGCGCAUCGAUGAAGUUCGCUUUUGCCUGUGCCGCAAGACGGCUGCAGGUGUAAUGCUACAGUGCGAGCUGUGCAAAGACUGGUUCCAUGGCGCAUGUGUGCCUCUGCCUAAAGCAGGCACGCAGAAGAAACUGACAACGGGCAGCAGCUGGCAGAGUGCUAGCAAAGAGUCAAAGUUUCUGUGCCCACUAUGCCAGCGUUCAAGACGACCCCGACUUGAGACCAUCCUCUCGUUAUUAGUGUCGCUGCAGAAACUUCCUGUGCGACUGCCUGAGGGGGAGGCGCUGCAGUGUUUGACCGAGCGUGCCAUGAGCUGGCAGGACCGAGCACGGCAAGCUUUGGCCACUGAUGAACUCUCCUCUGCUCUGGCCAAACUGUCUGUGCUCAGCCAGCGCAUGGUGGAGCUCGCAGCACGUGAGAAGACCGAGAAGAUAAUCAAUGCUGAGCUGCAGAAAGCUGCUGCAAAUCCAGAUUUACAGGGACACAUUCAGACGUUCCAGCAGGCUGGAUUCAACAGGACAACUUCACCACGGCCAUCUCUAGACUAUGAUGAUGAGGAGACGGACUCGGAUGAGGACAUCCGUGAGACUUACGGCUACAACGUGAAGGAUUCAGAAGUAAAGCCCUACCUGUUCUGUGAUGAUGAGAUCCCUGUGAAGUCAGAAGAGGUUGUCAGUCACAUGUGGCCGGCCACACCCUCUUUCUGUGCUGAACAUGCCUACUCGUCUGCCUCAAAGUCCUGUCCCCAGAAUCCGACCACCCCACGGAAACAGCCCAGGAAGACGCCCCUGGUGCCACGCAGUUUGGAGCCUCCUGUGCUGGAACUGUCUUUGGCUGCCAAGGGCCAGUUGGAGGUGUUGAUGAUGGAGGGAGACCUUUUAGAGGUUUCUCUGGAUGAAACUCAGCACAUCUGGAGAAUCCUGCAGGCCACACAUCCACCCUCAGAGGAGCGCUUCCUGCAGGUGGAGUCGGAAGACACUCUGCUGGAGAAGCCAAUAAAGCUAAAGGUCAAGGAAAUGGAAAAGAAGAGAAAGAGGAAACUAGAGCGAGCUGAGCAGCAGUUACUUUUGGCUUCGACAGGCAUGGAAGGCCGGCCCAAAUGCAAAGACAUGAAAAGGCUACUCGAGGUUGGUGGCAAGCCCAAAAAAAAGAAGCUCAAACUCAGCCCGGAGAAGUCACGUGAGCUGAAGCAACUGGCCAAGCGUCUCGCCAAGGAGGAAAAAGAAAGAAAGCGGAAGGAGAAAGCUGCAGCAAAAGCAGAGUUCACCAAGGAGGGUCUGGAGAAGAAGAAGGAGAAGAAGAUUCUAGACAUUCCCUCGAAGUAUGACUGGUCGGGUGCAGAAGACUCCAACGAUGAGAAUGCUGUCUGUGCAGCAAAAAACUGCCAGAGACCAUGCAAGGACAAGGUGGACUGGGUUCAGUGUGACGGCGGAUGUGACGAGUGGUUCCAUCAGGUGUGUGUGGGCGUGUCGUGCGAGAUGGCAGAGAACGAAGACUACAUCUGCUCGGCUUGCUCACGUAAAGCCGGAGGAGUGAUGGGAGUCAAAAUGGGCAUAGAGACUGUUGUAAUGGCGUCAGCCAUGUGUAGCACACAGACUCUUUCCCCCCUGUACCAAGCAGAGGUUCAGGAGGGCAGCUAGCACAACACACGUGCACACACACACAUGUACACCCUACAACUGCUGUUUCGUCUUCACUGCAAGCUGUCCUUCUUUGUCUGCUUGGGAAACAGACAGCAGAGUUUUUGUAUCUCAUGUGAUUGUUGCAUUAACGAUACGGACGAGGAUAUUGCAUGAAUUAAAGCAACUGGACUGCUUGAAUCUGAGGUGAAUCCAUUUAAGGAUUCUGUGCAUGGGCUUGUACAAUUAAUAUGGAUAUUUAAAGGUGUAAACAAUCUGGGAAAAGACUCUGCUACAUGGUACAGAUUUACAUUUUUCCACUAGUCAUUAAUCUGUUUUUUUCCCCCCGCUAUACUGUCAGACCAUAGAGCUCAGCUCAGUCUAAGACUACUGUGUGUCCUUUCUUCACACUCACAUCAGCUCUAGUUUGUCUUUUGAAUCAGACUGGAUUUACACAGCUUUGUUUUAACCUGCAUAAAUGAACUGUCAUCCAUUAUAAGAAGUAUCCCACAAAGCAACGCGGGUUUGCUUCAGACAUCUCAUCACUGACGCCCUGGAGGAGGAUUAAUAAGCUAUUUGUUGGAUACACCUGUUUCAUAAACAAGUUACCACGCAAAUAUGUAGCUAGUACUAGUUUAAAAUGGAUGUAUGUAGGUUCAAUAUUUAUGAUGUAAAUAGAUUUUAAAGAAUUAAUGAGUCCUUGUGGAUGUUUUUGUUGCUCAACUUUAUUAAAUCAAUUCCUAGUGAAA